AUGAGCCAUAAAAGACCGGCAUUGCCAACUAAAUCACCCGUUGAGGAUCGAGCUGGAACACACUCAAAAUUAUCUUCUCUUGAGCCCGAAGCCAAAGGCCAGCAAGAUUUGCGACAUGCCGUAGAUCUGUAUCAAAAAGGACUUGAAAUUGCACAUGGAGCGAUCAGUAACGAAGACUGCUUAAAAGCAAUUAAUUGCUUCAGCCUGGCGAUUGCCACAUGUUCAAAUCAAGCUCGCUUUUUUUUCGCUCGUGGUAACACAUAUCGUUCCAUCGGAGACUUUGAAUGUGCGGCCAUAGACUACGGAUUCGCAAUUAUGCUUGAUGACCGAUGUGCACUAUACUACGCCAAUCGUGGAGCUUGCUAUCGCAAGCUUCAUCAAACGGCUAAAGCCCUUGAAGAUUACUCUAACGCAAUCAAAAUGGAUUCGCGAAAAGCAAUUCACUUCUUUAACCGAGCACUUGUGCUGCAUGAUGCCGAAUUCUAUCGCGAGGCCAUCAUUGACUUCACAAAUGCGCUCGAAGACGGAUCGCCGGCUGCAGACCCUGAAACGAAUAAAUCCAAUUCGAUACCUACUGGCAAUAGUAAUGGAAUUGGUGUCCGUCUUUGGUGUCGCGCUUUGCAGAUUCGUGCCAAUUGUUUUCGGCGACUUGGAUUAUUGUCAAAGUGCAUUGAAGAUCUACGCUACCGUGGACUGUGUUACAUUCGUCUUGGUCAAAAAACUGCUGCAAAAGAGCAAGAAGAGCUCAAAUCGCCACCCAUCAUUUCCAGUGGAAUUCGGGUAUUCGCACGACAGUGCCUGGCCGACUUUAGCACGUGUAUUCAGCUUGAUGCUCACAACGCGCAAGCAUAUUUUUAUAGAGGCUCUGUUAAGCUCGCACUAGCGCUAGAUCUGGAUCUGUCUUUUUCUACGUUUACAAGUUUUGAUAUUAGCACGAGCCCUGCAAUGACGAAAGCCAGAAGUUUGCCGAAUGAUUAUGGGUCAAAUGAGGGUGGCGAAGGCAUCAAUGAUGUGAUCGAUCCCUUAACCUCAAAUAUGAGCAACUUAUCUGCAGCCGACCAACUAGAGGCAGCAUUAAAUGAUAUUGAAAUGGCACUUAAAAUAUGCCCCACUGCGAGGCCUUUUCGAAUCUGCCUGGCUAUGAUUAUGCAGCUAAAACAGCAGCAUUUGGAGGCUCGGUCCAUAUUUGAAACAAUUCCAUCGGCUAACAAAAGUGUACUGGUCCAAUUCCAUACAGCGCUUUGCUAUCACGCUCUAGGUGAAUAUGAACGUGCAUUGGAGCUACUGACUGAUGCACUAGACGAUUUUCCCGAUGAGGCAAUCAUCCUUGAAGCUCGUGGGUUCAUGCUGCAAGAAACUAAGUUGUUUUCCUUAGCCGUUGCAGACUACACGCAUGCGCUGGAGAUACUUGAGAGCCACGAAGAGUCCGAAAAGAACAAAAUUCAAACUUUAAGACUGCGUUAUCUGCGAGGAGAGAGUGCGUUGCGACUUCUGCGCUAUCAAGAUGCUGUCGACGACUUCGCUGCUGCUAUCGCUGGAGGCUAUACCGCAAAUAUGGCUGCUUACAAUGCCCGCGGCAUGGCAUUUCGCGGUCUGGGCGAUUACGAAAGCGCUCUUCUGGAUCUCAACAUUUGCGUGGCGCAAGCGGCAAAAACUGACAUCUUUCGUUACCAUCGCGCGCUUUGCCUAAUGGAGUGCGCUCGUUACGCGGAGGCUUUGCCUGAUCUUCAUGAGUGUAUACAUAAAAACACCACAAACUCAAAACUGCUUUAUCACUUGGGAUUGUGCUACUACCAUGAACACCAACUUAGUGAAUGUGUGAACUUCAUGAACCACGCUCUGGAAUGCGAACCCGGGCAACGGUUGCUCUCUGAAAUUCAUUAUUACAUGGGGCUUUCGCAUGCGCUGGAAGGCCGAAACAUGGACGCCAUUGAGCACUUUACAACUGCUUACGAUCACUCUUUGAUGGCGGAAAGAAGUAUCGAGUUCGAAAAUAAUCAGGACGAUGAGCCUGGUGAAGCAACUGACAAGCAGACACAAGUGCAGCACCUGCAUGAAUCUCAGCUCAUCAACCAACAAAUGCACACGCGUACUUUCGUAGAGGAUUCGCUUACAAAGCACUAG